CCAUUCAGUUUAGUGGUGAACCCGAGAGAAGUAAGGAAGGAAGGGUGCCCAGGCUCUCUCUUCACUGGAUUAUCCCGGGCAAAGAGAGAGGGAAAGAAUAUAUUGAGAGACGCGUAGGAGUAGUGUGUUGUAGCAAGGAGCGUGUGUUGUGUGGAGUAAUACAAGGAACCUAGACAGCACGUGGGUGUGUCCAUAAUGGAAAGCGACGCUGAAUGGAUUGACGUGGAUAGUGAGUUCCCUAGACACACCCAAAGGCCGCCUGUGUCUCGACCUACCCCACCCACUGACCCACGCCCACGCACACGUCCCCCAGUGAUCGAACCGCCCCACGACGCCCCAGAGAGAGCCCCAUCAAGUCCGAGACAGCCCGUGGGGAGCAAUGCUGGCGUGGUGGCGGGCUGCGUUGGCGGGGCUCUGGGCGUGGUGUUGAUGUUGUUGGUGGUGUACAUGCUCGUGCUGCGGAGGAGACUGACGAAGGCCAAGAAGAGCGGCAGGGCGGCUCAUUACCAGUUGCGCGUGGAGGACGUGGCGCACCUGUCACACCUGGACGAGACCACCAACACUUAUGUCAACACCACGGACUUGCAGAAGCUCGUCGCCUCCGUCAGGGCCAAGGGCAAGUCCGAGAAUCGCCUGCCCACCCUGCCGCGCCUCAACCACCAGACCCCAGCGCCCUACCGCCCCACCGCUACUCCUGGCGACAACGACACCUUCCAGGGAGACGCGGUGGUGGUGCGUGCCCCCAUGCCACCACCAUACACCGCCUCCACGCCACCCUUCCAGCCUCAGCCCCACGUGGAGCCUCAGCCCGUGCAGGAGGUGAUAUACAGCAACCUGGAGGAGUGCGUCGCCCCGCCCCGUCCCGCUCCCAGGCGAGAGCCCCCCAAGACUGCCCCACCCCCGCCCCCUACCAAGGAACCAAGCUCCCCCGUGAGUCAGCCUGUCCGUCCCGCCCCUGCACCCCCAAAGUCCAGCUCUCCGUCCCCAACCAACAACAGCUCGACGCCCCCGCAAACCGUAAAACCCGUCCCGCCGUGCCCCAGCCUCAAGCCCAGCAAGGUAGGCCCCGCGGUGCAAGCCAAGCCUGGCGCCAAGCCCACGCCGCCCACCCUGCCCAAGCCUGGUAAAGGCAAGGCUCUGCCGCCCCUUAAGAUGGUGCUGCGCGGCGCCACGGAGGGCGCCUCCUCUGAUUCCUGCGCCACCCCGGACACUGCCAUUAUUCACCUCAGCCCGGAGGCCACGCCCACUGGGGAGGGCACUCCGGGCACGGCCUCCAUCAGUGCCAAGAUCGCCCUGCUGGAGGGACACAUGCGGACGGCAGGCGGGGGCGUGCCACGCCCUGGGCUGGUCAGGCCGUGAGGCAGUGUGGCAACACGCACGGGGAAGGCCUCGGGCCAUGACAAACAGCGGCUCGUGACGCACUUCCUGCUGCUACUGCUGAUGCUUGCGUGAACGUGAAUGUGAUCUUGGGCAGUUGGGAAUUCCGACCCCGCUCCGCCCUGCCCCGAUCCUCCUGGAGGCUGUCAACUACAUCUACGGUGCUGUGAUGGUACAUGGUGAAGCGCUUCCCAGUCUCCUUUCCUCCAGCCUGCCAGCUGCUGGAGCGUUCCGGAAUACUGCUACUCCUGUGCCUCCAGCCAUUCACGCUCAGCAGGAUGCACAGUAAGAGGGAGGCCCGGCCCGGCCUGCUGGCCACCAUGGUGCACCGCCCGCCAUGCAUCCUCACUACUUACGUCACGCGGCCCACCGCCAGCAUCCUUGAUUAUAAACUGCCGUAUCCUUCUUGACCCGCGAGCUCAGCGAAUGCCAGCCUGCAUGGCGGCCGUUCCUCACCGCCACCGCCACCGCCACUAGUCAGGCACCCCACCGCAGGCCGCCACGCUGCCUCGCCUCAGAUCAACGGUCGCAAGAUGAGGCACUGUAUAAAAAUGUCGGGGUGAGGAAAGGCAGACCCUCGUGCCACGGUAGGUGGCGGGAUAGGACAGUGCCACAGACUUGAGGGAACACUUGCACAGUAUUUAAAUAGUUUUAAGGAAUCUUGUUAACUACCUAUUUCGAGUAGGUGAAAUAUUAUGUACAUACACAUCUGAUGGUUCUGGCUGUUGUAUCAGAUUUGUGCCAUUCGCAAUGAUGUAGCGUUAAGUGUGUAGCUGUGAUACAUACAUGUGUUGUCUUAAUUAACUUA